GAGAAGUCACCAAAACAUGAGCUAGGAGAGGCUUCUAAAGAAGAUCCUGCCUACUCGAAAAAUCUUUCUUAUUCUUCUUAUUUUUUUUUUUAAUUGAGAAGCUACGUGUCUGCCAUUUUUUUUUAAUUUCUAAGUUUAUUUAAAGGGAAACCAGUGGCUUGAAGAUGAGACUAAAUAUUGCCAUCUUCUUUGGGGCUCUCUUUGGUGCUUUGGGGGUUUUACUCUUUUUGGUGGCUUUUGGAUCGGAUUACUGGCUUCUUGCAACUGAAGUGGGGAAGUGUUCAGGUGAACAGAAUAUAGAGAAUGUCACUUUCCACCAUGAAGGAUUCUUCUGGAGAUGUUGGUUUAAUGGGAUUGCGGAAGAGAAUGAUUCCAGUAUCUGGAAGUUCUGGUACACCAAUCAGCCACCGUCCAAGAACUGCAUGCACGCUUACCUGUCACCAUAUCCCUUCACGAGAGGGGAACACAAUUCAACCUCCUAUGACUCUGCUGUUAUUUACCGUGGUUUCUGGGCAGUCCUGAUGCUUCUGGGGGUCGUCGCCGUGGUGACUGCAAGCUUUCUGAUCAUCUGUGCAGCCCCCUUCGCGAGCCAUGUUCUCUAUAAAGCCGGCGGAGGCGGGUACAUUGCUGCAGGCAUCCUGUUUUCCCUGGUGGUGAUGCUGUAUGUCAUCUGGGUCCAGGCAGUGGCUGACAUGGAAGGCUACAAAAACAUGAAAAUGAGAGACUGCUUGGAGUUCACCCCUUCUGUUCUCUAUGGCUGGUCAUUUUUUCUGGCCCCAGCGGGGAUAUUUUUUUCUUUGCUAGCAGGAUUACUAUUUCUAGUUAUUGGACGGCAUAUUCAGAUACAUCACUAAUCAAACAGUUGCUUCCCAUGUUUUCUUGAGCAUAUUCAGAUACAUCACUAAUCAACCUGUUGCCACCCAUGUUUUCUUGAGAGGUUUUAGAAGAGAGAAUUUUUUUUUUUUUCAUUUUGUUUUGGUGAUCCCAGCAUAGAAUUAGUUGGUGAGCUAUUUAGUUGCUAUUUGAAGUUCACUUUUAUAUUUUACUUGUGAUUU